AUGGACACUCCUACAACCCAACGACUAGCGUCCCAAGUGGGCGGGCAUGCCGGUGUAAUGACAACUGAAGAUGGAUCGCUGCUAAUCAAACCUGCUCUGCCCCGCGAGCUUCACUUUUAUCAAGCCCUGCAACAAGACCCUGCCCUCGAGGUACUGCGCGAGUUUACACCCAAAUUUCUCGGAACCCUCAAGCUAGAGGGCAAGGUCGAUCCAGCAAAGACCGAUAAUCUCGCAGAAGCGGUCCUUGAGCCGGCAGGUGCUGAGAAAGAUAUGUAUUCAGUGAAAUCCCUCAGAGAUCGAGCGGCUGAUCAUUGCGUCCGAUAUCUACAAUCUCUAGUGCUGGAGAACCUAAGUUUCUCGUUCUUAAAGCCUAACAUCCUUGACGUCAAACUGGGAACUGUCUUGUACGAUGAAACUGCGCCGCCAGAGAAAGUCGCGCGAAUGGAAAAAGCUGCUCGGGAUACCACAUCAUUCGAAAAGGGUAUACGAUUGACUGGGUUCCAAGUGAGUCUGCCUAUUCGCGCCUAUUUCAUCUCGAACCCGAGCCUAAGGCCCAUCGCUUCCCAGGUUUACGAUAAUAUCACAUCUCAGCCCGUUAAUACACCCAAGGCCUAUGGCAAAUCGAUCAAGGCCAGCCAGCUUGGCGAGGGGAUCGCGAAAUUCUUCCCUGUAGGCCUACCGGAGGCGGAGCCGUCCGCAGAGCCAACACCUUCAAGCGGGCUGCCACGAGAAACCCUGGUCCCUGUUCUCCGUGCUAUUCGAGAAGAGAUCGAGGUGAUCAGGGAGGCAUUCGCCUCACUCGAGCUGCGCAUGGUCGGCGGCAGCCUGCUGAUCAUCUACGAGGCCGAUUGGACACGUGCCGACGAGGCCAUCAAGCAGUACCUCGAGGGUGAGGAAGAAGAGGACGAAGACGAGGAAGGAGAUGAGGAAGAGGAGGAGAGCUCCAAACCGAAGUCUGGGCCACCAUUCACGGUCAAGCUGAUCGACUUCGCCCACACGUCCGUGGUGCCGGGUAAAGGCCCAGACGAAGGAGUGCUGCUCGGUAUGGACACGGUGCUGAACUUGCUGGACGCGAGGUUGGCAGCAAUAACACCCUAG